UAGAUUGCUCAUUAGCACCAGAUUUUUGUCAACCAAACCCUUGUGAAAACUAUGGUAAAUGUGUAAGCUCGUCCGACGGUUUUAUCUGUACGUGUGUUGAUGGCUUCAGUGGAUCUACAUGUGAGGUCUUACCAGAUACAAGUGUUUGGGAACCAUGGUCAGAAUGGAGCUCUUGCAGUGUGACAUGUGGUAAGGGAGAACAAAGUCGUCAAAGGGAAUGCAAGCUUGGUACCAAUGGAAAUGAGUGUUCUGGACAUAACGCAGAGGAAAGAGUAUACAUGUGAUGAAGAUUCGUGUCCUACAUGUCCGGCGUUAGGUAACCCCUACGGAAUGGUAAAAACGUGUGAGAAAACCGAAGAGGUGACCACUUGUACACUGAGAUGUCUUCCUGGAUAUUUUCCACCAAACAGUACAUAUAGCUCAGAGAACUGGACAGUUGUUUAUCAAUGCAGUCCAUUCUCCUCCUAUACCUGGAAUACAACGGCUGUUUCACCAUCAUGUACAAAAACAUCCGGUCGUCCACGCCGCAUUGAUGCUAGUGCUUCAAUGGCGAUUUUCCCGCAAAUUUCUUGUGGAAAGUCGUCUGCGUACGAAAUUUUUAUACGAAAUCUCGUGUAUGGCUCCAUUUGUCAGCUUGGGAUCAGCUGUACAGUCAUCGCAGACGUAACUCAAUGUGGCAACAGGAAAAGACGUCAAACAACCGCAGAUAAUAGCGAUAUAACAUUAACUUUCGCGUUUGAGUUCGACAAUGAAACUGACUCUGGUAACAUCAAUAUGACAGAAUACUGGGAUGCAAUUGAAGAUUCUUUAUCACCAUUAUCAACAAAUUCUGGUGACUGGUUGACUAUUGUGAUAGAUGGUGUUACAUAUGUAGCAGAUACAGCAAAUAUAACCAAAGGAGCCAAUCUGGAAUGUAGUAGUGGAUACUUUUUACAGGACGAAUAUGAUAUUUGCGUUGGUUGUUCUCCCGGCACAAUGUAUGAUGCUAGAAAUGGUUACUGUCUCUCGUGCCCAUUAGGAACUUACCAGGAACUUGCGGCCCAGAAUUGGUGUGUACCAUGUCCUAUUGGCUACACGACAAACAUCACUGGCAGCUACGACCAGUACGACUGCUAUUCUCGUGUUGGUUGGCAAUGGACUAUGGUGCAAUUAACAAUGAAGCUCGUGUUAGUUGGCAUGGACUAUGGUGCAAUUAACAAUGAAGCUCGUGUUAGUUGGCAUGGACUAUGGUGCAAUUAA